CCGGCAAGAGCGUCUCUGUAUCAAAACACAAGAUCCAAAAGUGAUAGUUGAGAGGCAGUGAUUGUGGUGGUGCUGGUGCUAUUUACUCCAGAUCCCGGGACACCCAGCCACCAUGGAUGUCACAAAGGAAAAUUUUAAAGCAGUCCUCCCAAGUAUUCUUCGAGUAAUUGGCAAGGCAGAUUUUGUGGCCAUUGAUGCCGAAUUCACUGGGUUGCGUCACAAUGAAACCUCGAGAUACUGUGAACUCGAUACUCCAGAGGAGAGAUAUGCUAAGACCAGAGAUGCUGCACAGAGUUUUGGAAUGAUUCAAUUUGGAGUAACAACAUUUCGGUAUAUAAGAGAGAUGUCAGCGUAUUCCCAUGCGACGUUCUGCUUCUACCUUCUUGGGAAAACUGGAGAAAUUCUCUACUAUGACAAUAGUAGUCUCAAAUUCUUGGCUGACAAUGGAUUUAAUUUCAAUAAACUUUAUAAAAGUGGUCUUUCCUACUUGUCUCUGGUUGAUGAAGCUAAUAAGAGACUAGACUAUGCAAACCAGUCCUUAGAACCACAGGCACCGUCUCCAAUUAAGGUAACAGAAGAAAGUGCAAAAAAGUUCUUGGAAGAGACCGAAGCAUUAAUGGAAGAGUUCAUGGCGGACAAGACACGGGAUGUUCUCGUACUGCCUGGAACCAAUAUUUCUCCAUUUUUUCGCAAGAUUUUAUAUAACAAUAUUGCAGCGAAGUUCAAAAAUAUUCUUGUUCGCAUUGUACCAACAGAUGGUGAAAGAAAUGUGGAGAUAAGGAAAUUUGAUUCGAAGGAAUCUCGAAUCAAGUUUCUUGAAGAUGAACGAGAGCAGAUAUUAGAUGAAAAGAUCGGUUUUACCCAUGUGGUACGCAAGAUUUUAGAAGUUGGAAAACCAAUUGUGGGUCACAAUUUGGUUUUAGACCUAUUGCAUAUGAUGGAAAAGAUGGUUCAGCCUCUGCCCGAGAAACUGGAGCAGUUCAAGUCUCUUGUCAAGUGCAAUAUUCCCACUGUAUAUGAUACCAAACUUCUAGCAAAGGAUCCUCCUUUCUGUGUAGAUAUUCCAGUGACAUCUUUAGGAGCUGUGUAUAGUGAUGUGUGUAGCAAGUUCAACCCCCCACACCUUGUGAUUGAAGAGGGUUAUGAGAGUUAUGAAACUGGAAGCAACAGCAAGGCUCAUGACGCAGGUUUCGAUGCCUUCAUGACUGGUGUUUGUUUCGUUACCAUGGUGAAGAAGCUGGAUGGAUCUAAUUGGAAAAACAAGUCUGUAGUGAAGUCAAAACACCUGGACAUGUAUGCAAACAGAGUGAACAACAUGAGUUCCCAUGACAUUCCAUUCCUCAACUUGGUGGGACCUGACGUUCAGCCUGACAGGAGCAAAAUAUUUUGUGUGGAGUGUCCAUCCUCAUGGACUACAAUGCAUGUCCAUGGACUCUUUCAUAUGAUUAAACCUUUGAAGAUAGUGUGGGUGAGCAGCACUUUCCUCUACGUCAUUCCCUUGGAGGACAUGGACAAGAAGGCCUGUAGGCAACAUCUGAAGAAUGUUAAUGCUAGCUGUCCUCCAUUGGUUCGAGUAAGAUUGUAUGGGGACACAAUUAGCUCUAAGAGAAAAUCUGCAACAGAUGAGGAGGUUUCACCAAUUCAGAUACGAGCAAGCCGCAUACACGAGUUCAAAAGACUGAAAAGUGUUGGAUCAGAUCAACUAUCAAAGAUGACCUUGGAGUCUCCAAGUGCAGAAGAACCUCCUUCCGUAAUUAGUGGAGAUAAUGGCAAGAAAGCUGCAUCAAAACAAGGCAAAGCAACUGAGGAUGUAUUUUCUAUACCUGAUGAGUGGUAGUAAUGAUGUAGUUAAUGUCUUUGUUGUUGAGUUCCCAGCAUUGGGUCAGAUUUUAUGAUCUUUUUUUUUUUUUUUUGCUGGAUGUUUUAUGAUUCAUUGUCGUCUAUUUAAGAUGUGACAGGAAAUCUGAUGGAGGAAACACAUCGGUUUCCUGUUAUUUUGCUCAUGUAAUAAGUAUGUAUGUGUGAGUAUUUGUAUACAGUAUACAUGUAUCUAGUUUCCACCUGUAUCACUCAAUCUCUCUCUCUCUCUCUCUCUCUCUCUCUAGGUCAUUCUAGUUAUAGGGAGAGAGCAGGGGUGGAAACUGGAAAAACGAGUGAGCCACAGGGAUGUAUGGAAGCAGUGCUUACUUAUUAGUGACUAUAGUGGAGCGAGAUCUAGCUCUGUAUGCCCCGACCCUUAACCAUUUAUACCUGUUGCAUUAAUUGCCCCUCUCAACAUUAGCAUGUUCAUCACAUUCUUAAAGCUAUGGAUGGAAGUGGCUUCAACAACCUCUUCCUUCAAGUCCACUUGCCACCACCCAUAUAGGAAGUGAGAACAUCCACACAUCUCUUGGACUCAAUUGCAUGUCCAGCUUCCACUGAUGUUCUCUUGUCCUAUCUUUCUUUAAUUUAAAUAGGUUUCCUUUGCCCAUUUUGUCUUUCUCAUCAGGAUCUUGUAAGUAGUGAUCAUAUCACCACAUACAAUAUAUGGUGGAUAUGAAUUGGAGCUGCCUCGUAUGGGCCAAUAGGCCUUAUGCAGUUGCCUUGAUUCUUAUGUUCUUAUUCCUUCUGUUUCUUCUAAGGUUGUGAGGGGUGGGUCCUCUCAACCUGUCCUCAUACCCGAGGCUUCCUAAUUCUAGUACUAAUCUAGCUGCAAACCUCUGAACUUUCUCGAGUUCCCUAUUUUGUGCUUCACAAGGUGUGGGCUCCAUACUGGUGCUGCAUACUCACGUAAUGGUCUCACAUAGGCAGUGUGUUAGAACUUGAACCCCCUCUUUGUUUAGAUUCUUAAAUUAUGUUCUUAUGCUUGCUUAUUUUCCAUAUGCUGCUGCUGUUGUCCUGUUCACAUGAGCUUCUAAUGUUAGUGUUGGAAUUAUGUCUACAUCCAGGUCUUUUUCUCUUAUUGUUUCUUGUAGUUGCUCUUCCUUAUGGUGUAGUUAAAUAUACAGGUCUCCUAUCUCCCUUACCCAUUUUCACUACUUUACAUUGACAUGUAUAAGCUCACUGUACAGUAAAGUAAAAUAAGCAAUGGUCCUAGGACAGAGCCUUGUAGAACACCACUCUCCACUACUCUCCAGCCUGACAUCUCUCUCGGACAGUGUUUUGACUACCACGUUUGUCAAUGAUACCAGUUUUAAAUUAUGAGGGGUCCUCCCUCCUAUCAUUUUUGUAGAUUGGAAUUACUGUAUGUUUGCCUUUUUCCAUGCAUCUCCUAACAUUCCUAUACAUAAAAAUGCCUGAAAAAAAUCAGUUGAAGUACAUUCAACUGAUUUCAGCUUAGAUGUGUAUUCUCUCAAAACUCAAGGUGAAAUUCCAUCUAAACCAAAUGCUUUGUUUCGACCUUAUUCCCUGAAGAUUUUUUUUCCCACUUUCGUCCUGAGACACCCAUGUACUCUGUUUUUCUCUGAAAUGCGUAUUGUACCCUGGUUCUCUGCAAACUCAUUUUGCACAAAUACAGUUUGGAAUGUUCAUUCAGGGCUACACACAUUUCCUUUUCUCAGAAUCUGUUCUCCAUUUUCAAUCUCUGCAGUUUAUCCUUUACCUGCAAUUUGCUUUUAAGAAUUUUAUAGAACAGGACUGGUUCUGUUUCACAUUUGUCAACUCUCUCGGACUUACUUUCUGCCUCUCCUUUCACUACCUACCUUGAGGUAAGGUAACAUUGCUAUGCUAAAUAAUAUGGUGCUCAUAUUGUGACACGUAUAUUAUAUUUCUAGCUCAACAGUUUUUGGUGUUAAUGCACAAAACACACGUUAUAUAUAACUAUAUUUUGUGCACCAUAGCGAACCACUAAUCUGGGUUGUUGAGAAUUUAUAAUCUUGUAACAAUUUAAGGUCGGCCUAACAACAGCGAUGGGGACUGCUGCAAAUACCUUAUUACAUAAUUAUUUAAAUGUCUUUUUUUUUCACUUUCAUUUACUGUAAUAUUAUUCAAAAGUGUGUAAAUCGAGAAAUUUAUAUAUGGUAAUCAAAUGUGUGGAACAUGGCUGUGCUCAAAAGUAUGGUGCUCAUAUAGUGACGUGUAUAUUAUAUUCUUAGAUAAAAAAAAAAACUUUCUCCUGUUACUGCACAAUAUUCACUAUAAAAUUUUGUUUGUACCAUAAUGAACUGAAAACCAGUUCUGGUGGAUGUGGUGAUGAAAUCAAAACACAGCAUAGAGCAAAACUAUAUAAGCAGAUGACGCCAACAAUCAUGUGAUGCAAGAAAAUGUGCCCAAUAUUCUACACAUCUCACUGACUAGCCACAGAACUGCUGUUAUCACAUUCCUGUCACAAAAUCUCAAAUACGAAUCCAUUUUCACAAGGUUAUAUUAUGAAGGAGCACAAGGUCGUUUUAUGAUACGUAGAAGAAACAAUAGCUGGGUGCCAUCUCUCUCUACCUCAUGCUGUGAAUAUCAUAACUAACAUUCUUUUCACUGAUAUCUGAAUGUUGUACAUAGUCUUAAUCACAGUCGGAAUCAUCUAUGACACUAUUAAUGCAAAAUAAUUGCAAUUACAUAUUUUAUUCAUCAUCAAGUGGUGCUGUGGCCCUUCUGCACAGCAGUGCCAAGAAUUCCUGCUGCAUGCACCAGCCUUGGUUGCCCUCGGUACCGAGGCUUUCACAGCCAGUAGAUUUUUUUUUUCAAGAUGGCAUGUAUUUACUCGAGUCCCGAGGCACAGGAUACAAGUCCAUUGUACCCGUGAGUUUUGAAUCGUUCCCUACACCUAAAAGCAUCUUAAGAUGCUAUGUGCAGUGGUUAAGAAAGUAGAAGCAAGAUGCAGGGGUGCACACUCAUUACAAUUCUUUUCCAUCAGCCCAUCUUCUCGAGUUGUCACAAUCUCAUAAAAAUGAUGUACUAAAUUAACCGAUCCUCACCUAACCAAGAACUCAAGAACAGAAAAUAACAGCCCAUCAAUUUUGCGAGCCACUAUGCUCUAUUAUACAUUAUAUUUUGGCCAUUGGGGAUUUAUACGUAAAAAAAAGUGAUGUAUUCAAGAGGACCGGUUGUUUCUUCAUAUAACAUUAGCUAAACUUUAAUACAAAAAAGUAUCAAUAAAGUAUUAUAUUAAGUAUUAAAUAAUACUUGCUUAAUAAGUUUAACACAAAAUAUUUGAUGUAUUAAAAAAAUUCAUAUUACAGUAUUAAUACUUUUAUUAAGUAUUAUUUAAUACUACUUUAAUUAUUAUUGAUACUUUUUUUUAUUAAAGUUUAGCUCAUGUUACAUGCAGAGGAAAGAACCGGUCCUCUUGAACAAUAAUAACACUGAAGAUGAGAGUGAUAUCAGAAGGGAAGGAACGGAGACUCUGGAUUGCACUGGUGAGAGCUUUAUAAAUGUAGUAUGAUGAGUCCCCAGUAGAUUAUAUUGGUGAUACAGUACUUUUUGUAAGACACACUAAUAAACGUAUAAAGUUUUUCAAGGUCUAGUAAUGAUCCUGCAGUUGCCUAGGAAAUGGUUUGAUUUUAAUGUAUUAGAGAUGUUCCAUGAGAACCAACUGAACAGUGUCUUAAAAGGCAUUGUAACUAUGAAGACUGUAGAUGCAGACUGUAACAUUAAGUUACUUGCAUACAACUGAAAAUGUGAUUUCUUUAGAGUUUGUGUAAAUUCAUCUCAUGUCAAUAUAAUUUUGAAGAUUAAUAAUAAAAUAUAAAUUUUGAA